UAUCAUUUGCCACUUUGCCACCAUGACGUCAGCUCAGGGCUGAGCUCUUUACCUGUGGCUGGGAUCUUAAAUGAGCUGACGCCAGGAGAGAAAGGCACUUUCUCUGAGGCUUAGCAGCAAGUGGCAGCAGCACCAGAAGUGGCAAUGAGACGCUCUGUGUUCUUCGCUGUGUGCCUCGGCCUGGUGCUGAGCCUUUUGAAAGAAGCCCCUGCUGCAACACCUGCAGACACAGCAGUGACAACAAGCUCAAUAACUACAGAAAAAGGUACUGAUAAUGGAACAGAUGGUGACACACUGGAGCUGAGACCCUCAGAACCUCCAGGAAACGAUACUGAUAAUGGAACAGAUCCCAACCCACAAGUGAUCCCAAACUCAAAACUUUCAGGAAAUGAUACGGAUGGUGGAACAGAUCCUAACCCACCAGUGGGGCCACCCUCAGGACCUUCAGGUGAGGAGAAAAGCCUUCAGGUCUCCCCCUUCUGGGGACAGAUUGCAGAAAAGAUACGGAUGGUGGAACAGAUCCUAACCCACCAGUGGGGCCACCCUCAGGACCUUCAGGAAAUGAUACGGAUGGUGGAACAGAUCCUAACCCACCAGUGGGGCCACCCUCAGGACCUUCAGGAAAUGAUACGGAUGGUGGAACAGAUCCUAACCCACCAGUGGGGCCACCCUCAGGACCUUCAGGAAACGAAACUGUUAAUGGAACAGAUCCUAACCCACCAGUGGGGCCACCCUCAGGACCUUCAGGAAAUGAUACGGAUGGUGGAACAGAUCCUAACCCACCAGUGGGGCCACCCUCAGGACCUUCAGGAAACGAAACUGUUAAUGGAACAGAUCCUAACCCACCAGUGGGGCCACCCUCAGGACCUUCAGGAAACGAAACUGUUAAUGGAACAGAUCCUAACCCACCAGUGGGGCCACCCUCAGGACCUUCAGGAAACGAAACUGUUAAUGGAACAGAUCCUAACCCACCAGUGGGGCCACCCUCAGGACCUUCAGGAAACGAAACUGUUAAUGGAACAGAUCCUAACCCACCAGUGGGGCCAUCCCCAGGACCUUCAGGAAACGAAACUGUUAAUGGAACAGAUCCUAACCCACCAGUGGGGCCACCCCCAGGACCUUCAGCUUGAUGCUUUUUGA